CCGGCCCCCAUCUUCUUCCUCUGGCCCCCCUGGUUUGGAAGCGUACAGUGCACCAGGAUCCCCGCCGCACGCCGCCGCCCUACUCCUCCUACUCGUGCCCCGCACCUCGGCGGCCGUAGCGUCGCGUACGCCCACGCUCCACCACCACCAUCGGCCGGCCGGCCGGCCGGCCAGCCGUUCCCGACAAGCCCCAAUCAUACGAGGCACCCACCCCGGGCCGGGACGACAGCUCACGCGCGCUGCCCGCCCCUGGCCUCGAGCAGCGUCGACACAUACACGCACGCGUACGCCACACACCACAGCGUACACGCCCCGGCCGAGCGCACUGACCCAUCAUCCCUGUCCCCUCCGUCCGUUCCAUUCCAUCACCCCCACCCGUGCGAGCUGAGCAGAAGCUCCAAAGCCCUCAUGAUGGCGGCACCAGCCAGAGCCAGCAGCAGCGGCUGAUCGGCCGAGCUCGGGCGGACAGGCGGGCAGGCACGCCAGGCAGCUCAUCAAUGGCUCCACAUUUUAAUCCAUAGCAUCCCCCGCCCGCCCCUGUGAUUUUCGGUUCCUUUUUCGCGCAUUUUCGAGACGAUUCAGCCGCAUCUUCAGUCGUCGUCGGUUCAAAGCCGGGACGGGGGAGGAAGGACGAAUCUUGGUUCCCAAAUCCCAAUGGCCUCCUGUGCUUAGCUUAACAAAGGAGGAGGUGAGAAGAACCUUGGGAGAUUGCAAUGCCGAGGCGGGGUUCGGGGGAGGGAGCUGCCGGCGACGAGGCUGCCGCGGCGGCUGCGGUGAGGCUGGCCCACAAGAUCCGGAAGCGCCGCGCGGUGUCGUCGUCGGGGGCUUCGGACCCGGCGGCCGGGAGGAGGCUGCGGUCCAGGCGGCCCGCGGUGCUGCUGCCGCGGCGCCGGGCCGGCGCCGGGGACAUGUCAGAGUCGUCCCGGAGCCGGCAUUGCCGUGGCGGUGCCGACGGGGCGCGGCCGCCGCCGGCGUCGACGUCGGCAAGGAGGCUCGUCGACGCGUUCUGGCAGAAUAUGGACAGGGGUAUGCUGCUUGAAGCGGACGCCGCGGGGGCGCGCCGGAGCUUGGUUCCCUGGAGCGGCGGGUCCACGGAGAUGUCCAAGAGGUCAAGAAGCCGGAGCAAGAUUUUGGAGGCAGAUGGCAAGGGUAGCCGGCGCAGCGGCUAUGGCCGGUGGUUUUCGGCCGAUAUGAUGAGCAACGGCAGUACGAUGGAGGUAGGUACAUGCUCCCAAGAUGAUGUUUCAAGAUGUCCUGAGGAGAAAACAUUCAACCUGCAGGAUCUGCAGAACAGCUUGAUUGCAUCUAAAGAACUUGUGAAAGUACUAGCCCACAUCUGGGGACCUGGAGAACUGAAUCCGUCAACUGUAUCACUCAUUUCUGCAUUGCGUUCUGAGCUUGAUGUUGCUCGUGCUCAUGUGAGGAGGCUUAUGAGAGAACAAAAAUCAGAUGCCCACGAAAUCAAGGGCUUAAAAAAGCAACUAACAGAAGAAAUGGAAUCUUGGAAGGUCAAACAAAAGGAAAAGGCUGCAAAUGCUCUUCAAUUCAUAGUUUCGGAGCUGGACAGUGAGAAGAAGUCAAGGAAAAGAGCAGAGAAGGCAAACAAGAAACUAAGCGUUGCCUUAGCCAACACUGAAACCUCACUGCAGGCAGUGACAAAAGAACUUGAAAGGGAGAGGAAAUCUAAAGAAAGGGUUGAGAAGAUCUGCAGCGAGCUCAUCAGAGGAAUCGACGAGGACAAGGCCGAGGUGGAGGCAUUGAAGAGAGAAACUGAGAAGGCACAAGAAGAGCUUCAGAAAGAGCGUGAGAUGCUUCAGUUAGCGGAUGAGUGGCGCGAACAAAGAGUUCAGAUGAAGCUGCUGGAAGCACGGCUACAGUUUGAGGAGAAGAAUGCAGCUGUUAAUCAGCUGCGCGACGAGCUCCAAGCGUAUCUGGAUACUAGGCAAGAGCAGGAACCAGUAACUGAUCCAAUGCAAUUGUCCCAUGCAUCUGAAACUAGCGCAGCUGCAGCUGAUGCAGUUGCUUGCAGAAAUGGUGGAAACUGCAGCGAAGGCAGCACAGACGAUGCAUCAGAAGGCAGUGAAAUGCACUCGAUUGAGCUGAAUGUCGAUGGCAUUGGCAAGACUUACACCUGGAGCUACACUCCUUCCUCAAAAGGCAGGCAGAGGCAUGAAUCCUUUUCAGAUAGAGGGAUGGAUGGUGCCAAUUCGUGCCGCUUAGAGCGAAGCUUUCGGGACAUGGAUGACGAAUUGGAGGGAGACUGGGCAGAAGGGUGUAGCAACGGGAUGCUGAACUUUGAGCAUGAUGAGGAGAGGUAUCAAGCAAUCAAGAAUCUAAGGGAGCAGAUGCUGGCUGGAUCAGGGUUCAUCCUGUCACAGGGUAGAGAAAAUGAUGAAAGGGAGUACUGUGGCUUGUAACAUAAAUGAAAAUGAACACAAAUUUAAUAGUGCUGUGUCAUAUGGAUCGCUGUUUGAUGCUAGAUCGAAGUGUUCAAGACAGCAUAUAUAUAUAGUCAAGGUUCUUUGUGGAUGAGUUUCCUCUGGUAAAUGUCUUGUGCUCUUGAAAGUUGGGGUUAUGGGGCUGGUGUAUUCAUGUUCAGUUCCAUGGUUUUUACGUCCUGUAUGUGUGUUACAGUCGAUGUGCAGGGCUGAACUAAAAUCACAAAGAAUAGUUUGCCAA